GCUGCUCUUACUGAAGAUGGAUUCUUUCGAACAGGUGAUAUUGUUGAAUUACGUACUUGUCAAAAUGGUCGAAUUGAUAUACGUGUUAUUGAUCGUAAGAAGAGUUUCUUUAAACUUUCUCAAGGACAAUUUAUUUCACCUGAAUUUCUUCAAAAUAUAUAUAUUCAAAGUCUUUUUGUUGAACAAAUCUAUAUUCAUGGUGAUCUUUUAUCAGAUUCAGUCUCUGCAGUUGUUGUUCCUAAUAGAAAAUAUGCACAAACAUAUAUUGUUGAACAUAAUUUGAUAGAUUUCGAUAUGAAUAAUCCUCAUCCAGAAUUUAUUGAUGCUGUUUUACAAGAUCUUCGUUCAAUAGGUGAAAAAGAAUCACUUCGAAAACAUGAAAUUCCAUCAAGAAUUAUUAUUGAUUUUGAACCAUUCACAUCUCAAAAUGGUCUUCUUACUUCUUCAAUGAAACAAUGUCGUCAUAAAUUAGCUGCACAUUAUGCUGAUCGACUCAAAACAUCUAAUAGUAUUGAACAACGACUAAAAACUAUUAUUGAAAAUAUUACAGGAAAAUCGAUCUCAAUAGACAAUAAAGAAGAAAAUAUUUUUUUAAGUAUUGGUGGAGAUUCAUUAGCAGCUAUAUGUUUAUCUCGAAUGAUUGAAAAUGAUCUUGGAAUACCAUUAUCAUUCAAUUUACUUUUUGAUCCUAAAAUGAAUUUACAACGACUAACAACUUUUAUACAAAAUCCUUCUCAAUUUUCUUCGUUUUCUCAAUCAAUGGUAUCACAAUUGUUAAAUGAUUCUAAAUUAGAUUUGAAUAUAAGAAUUGAUAAACAUAAAUCUAUAAUUGGUUUUCCUUCAAUGAUUUUCAUUACUGGAACAACAGGAUUUGUUGGUGCUUUUUUAUUAGCAGAAUUAUUAACAACUUAUCCUUUGGAAUGUAAAUUUGUAUGUCUUGUUCGAUGUCAAUCAUCAAUGAAUCCAUUAGAUCGUAUUCGAAAAACUAUGUUAUUUUAUCAGAUAUGGAAAGAUGAUUAUGAACAACGAAUUAUUCCAUUACAAGGUGAUCUUUCACAAAAUCAUUUUGGACUUGAUGAUGAAAUCUAUCAAUCAUUUGCUCAUCAAAUUGAUAUUAUCUUUCAUUGUGGUGCAACUGUUAAUUUUAUUCUUCCAUAUAGUCAACUUUAUGGUUCUAAUGUUUGUGGUACUCGAGAAAUUAUUCGUUUUGCUACACAUAUUUCAUCUUCUUGUAUACCUAUACAAUAUAUUUCAACAAUAAGUGUUCUACCUCCUGGUAUUGAUAAAGAAAUAUCAAUUGAUGAAACUUCUCCUGAACAAUUAAUUGGUGGUUAUGCACAAAGUAAAUGGGUAGCUGAAAAACUUAUUAUCCAAGCAUAUCAUUGUGGUUUAUUAGUCAAUAUUUAUCGUUUAGGAUUGAUAUGUGCUGAUAGUAGAACAGGUGCAUGUAAUCAACAUGAUAUUUAUACAUUAUUAAUUGCUGGAAUAAUGAAGAUGAAUUGUUAUCCAAAAUCAUUGAUUCAAUCUAAUUUGAAUGGUUUAUCAGUUGAUUUUACUGCAAAAUGUAUUGUAUAUUUGAGUAAUCUUCAAUCGAAUAUCUAUGGAAAUAUUUAUCAUGUGAUUAAUCGAAAUAAUGAAAUAAAAUUUGUUGACAUAAUCAAUGGUAUGCAUAAUUGUGGUAUUGAAUUAGAAAGUGUUUCGAAUGAUGAAUGGAAGAUAAAAAUGAAGACAAUCAAUCAUCGAGAUAAUCUUCUUGAAUCUGUAUUAGAAUUCUUUUCAAA